UUUUUGUUUCAUUCAUUCUUUCAUACAUUUAAUUUAUAAUGACUAUCGUGAAACAGUUAUAUUUAGUGUUUAUUAUCUAUCAUUACAUCAGCGUGUAACGACAGGUGCAAAUAAUAUUAUCGUAGACCUUAAUUUGUAAUUCGUGUCGGUUUCAUAAAUUCACACAAGGUGUUGUGUUAGAUACAUACAAUAUAUAAGAAUGUUAGAAGAAACAUAAACAGUACAAUAGUGGGUGACAAUAUAAUAUACUUACCUCAUAACAUUAUCUAUUAACAACAACAGAAAAAAUGUUAAAUGGAAUAUAUGACUAUUUAACAAUGCGCGGUUACAUGGGCCAGUUAUACGAAUUAUUACGACAAGAUGACUACUCUAAAAUCGUCAUUGCAGCCCUGGAUGCUCUUACCAAGACAAAGGUGUUUGUUGAAUUAGUCAAGGUGACAAAGAAUGACCAGAGGUCUACUGAAUUUCGCAUAAAAGGUAAUGAGGCAUAUCUAAAUUCGAACUAUCGUGAUGCCUUUAGAUGGUACAACAAUGCUAUCUUAUGUGCAACAGAAAAUUCAAGAGCAUUAAAAUUGGGUUACAGCAACAGGUCGGCACUUCUUUAUACAAUUAAAGCAUAUAAAGCCUGUAUUAAUGACAUAGAUACUUGUUUUAACAUAGGACCCUCUGACCAUCUCCUAGCCGAGAGACUAACACAGCGUAAAAACAACUGUCAGCGGCGGCAAUGGAUAGCUGAUUUUCAGGUUUUGAUGGAAAGGGACACAUUUGGAGGUACCUUCUUUAAUUUUAACGUGGAACGCAACCCUCAAAUUCCAUGUGCCAGCCUUGAUGUUGAUAUAGUUAAAGAAACUGACAAGUUGAAGGCUGUUGCUGUAAGAAAUAUAGGAGUGGGAAUCUUAGUUGCGUUGGAGAAAGCAUAUGCAUGCCAAUUAGACGAAGAAAAUCAAUACAUGGCUUGUGAAUAUUGCCAUAAGUUUUAUUUCAACCUGAUACCCUGCGACAAAUGCUGCGAAGUGAUGUUCUGCAGCGAAAUUUGCAAGCAACGGUGUAACAGAGAGUUUCAUAACGAUGAGUGCCAAAUCAUGCAUUUUAUGAAUGGCAUUGGAAGUGGGUGUCGUUUGGCAGUUCGAGCCACUAUUAAAAUGCGUAACAUGUGCUCCUCUUGGUCAGAGUUUAUUGAGGCCUCAAAGAAUAUUGGCGCUAAAAGGAUGAAAGAGAGUUCAGUAAAUGAAAUAUAUGAUGUGAACAACAAAUUGUCCAUGCUUUGCUUUGACAAUGAACUUCAUUUCCGGUAUGGUAGACUAUGUAAUGCUUCUUUCAUGACUGCUAUGGCAAUACACUUUUUGUUAAGACUGCCAUCAUUUUUCCCCGAGAAACAAGUGGAAAGAGUUGAAGCUAUACAAGCUUUUGCACAAGUGAUGGUUAACUUAGGUGUUCACUAUACAAAAAUUAACAUUCAGAAUACUACAAAAUAUUUCAAUACGGAGAAAGUAACAAGAGAGAUGGUGUGCAAUAUUGGAUGGUUCUCAUUUACUGGCAAACUGAAGCAUUCUUGCGAUGCUAACCUUCUAGUAUUGGGAUUGAACAACAAAAUUGCAUUAAUAGCAAUCAGGCCUAUCAAAAAGGGCGAUGAACUGACUAUUUCUUACGUUGGACACUACUACGAUUACUUACAUCCGAGACCAUUUAGCUUGUUUUGGCACAAUAUACAAUGUGAUUGUCGUGUAUGCACUGAAAAAUGGUCGACAUUACAGUUUCGCGAUCAAACAUUAAGUACAGAAGAGCAAAGUGCUAUGUCUAGUAUUAUUGACAGCCACAACCCGCAAACGGAUGAAAUUCUGUUCAAAAAUAUAUGCGAUUGCAUGAUCAUACUUCAAAACGCACCUGCCACAAAAGAACAUCACCAAUUAUAUCAUGGAUUUCGAAAGAUGAUUAGUUUCUAUCAAAACUUGUAUACUGACAAUUAUUCAAUACUGUAGGAGUGUUGUCCUAAGUGGUGAAAAACUAGAAUCUAAACAACUGACAUUUUGUUCUGUUAAACUUAAUUUUAUUAAACUUAGUUGAGUAUUUCAAUGAUUAAGGAAGUUAAAUAAAUGAAAAUAAUAUAU